UCUGGAUAUUACCGCUAUAUGGAUAAGUCAUUCUCUCCAUUUGCAUCUGUGCUGUAGAGUUUGAUUCACACGUUGCUUUUGGAUCGACGAGGAAAAUGAAAUCAGCUGAAGAGGAUGCAUAUGGCUACACGCCAAAUGUCAGUCUCUCCCUCCCACUGGGCAAUUCUUGUCUUCCCUCCCAGUACCACAGCCUUCAGUCCAGCCCCACUAUAUCUGUCUCUGUCACCGAGCCCCACAGCUAUGACACCCAAGACGACAUGAGAGCGACUGGCUAUUACUCAUCUGCAAACGUCCGCCCAAAUGGAGCCCCGACCCUGGAGAGCCCUCGUAUAGAGAUCACAGCCUACGGUCAGUUUCCAGAGGAUGAGGUGGAGGAGAGUAACCUUCCCGUUGCCAAGCGAGUCAACUCCAUCGUGACCCUCACCCUCCCCAGCGCAGAGGGAUACCGUGACCCCAGCUGCCUGAGUCCGGCCAGCAGCAUCUCUUCUCGCAGCUGCCAUUCCGAAGCUUCCUCCUACGAGUCGAACUACUCCUACAACUACGACAACUCGCCUCAGAACUCCCCCUGGCAGUCUCCCUCCGUCUCCCCCAAAGGCUCCACACUUGUUCUUCCAGGUGAAAGUUGCGCCCCUGGUGGCUCCCCCCGCCACUCCCCUUGCACUUCCCCUCGUACAAGUGUGACGGAUGACAGCUGGAUGGGUCAGCGAGGAUCAAGACCGAAUUCCCCUUGUGGAGCCAAGAGGAAGUACAGCUUCAAUGGCAGCGGGGCGCCACAUAAGCACUACCCCUACUCUCCAAACCACUCCCCUGGACUGUCCCCGCAGACCUCCCCUCGCCUCAGCAUCACAGAGGAGAGCUGGCUGCCAAAUACCAACCAAUACACCAACUCAGCUAUUCUGGCAGCCAUCAAUGCCUUGACCACAGAUGGGGUGGUAGACCUCGGAGAAGGAAUCCCAAUGAAAGCCCGAAAAACGAGUGUGGAACACAGCCCCACAGUCAGCCUGAAGUUGGAGCCCGGAGGUGAAGAACUGAACCCAGGGGAGCUCUGUCAAGAUGAACACUCCUCCAACCGCCUGCCCUUAAAGAAAGAGGGCUACUGUGGAGGGUUUCUGGAUGUUCCCCAGCACCCGUACUCCUGGUCCAAACCAAAGCAGUAUGUCAGCCCAUCCCUUCCAGCCCUUGACUGGCAGCUGCCAUCCAGCUCCGGACCGUACAGCCUGCAGAUCGAGGUGCAGCCCAAGUCCCACCACCGAGCCCACUAUGAGACAGAGGGCAGCCGUGGAGCGGUGAAGGCCCUGGCAGGAGGACAUCCAGUGGUUCAGCUCCACGGUUACAUGGAGAGCGAACCCCUGACCCUGCAGCUGUUCAUCGGUACAGCUGACGACAGGUUGCUCAGGCCUCACGCUUUCUACCAGGUCCAUCGCAUCACCGGGAAGACGGUGUCCACCCCAAGCCACGAGGCCCUGCACAACAACACCAAAGUACUGGAGAUCCCACUGCUGCCGGAGAACAACAUGAGGGCCAUAAUUGACUGCGCAGGGAUCUUGAAGCUGCGUAAUUCGGAUAUCGAACUGCGAAAGGGUGAGACCGACAUCGGACGGAAGAAUACACGUGUUCGGAUGGUUUUUAGAGUCCACAUCAACCAGGCCACGGGGAGGACGGUGUCCCUGCAGGUCGCAUCCAACCCCAUCGAGUGCUCUCAGAGAUCGGCCCAGGAGCUGCCGCUGGUGGAUAAGCAGAGUUUGGAGACAUGUCCCGCCCCUGGAGGGGAGAGGAUGCUCCUGGACGGACACAACUUCCAGCACGACUCCAAGGUGGUGUUCGUGGAAAAGGCUCAAGAUGGUCACCACCUCUGGGAGACGGAGGCCAAGGUCGAGAGAGAAGCUUCAAAGCCUAAUUCACUCAUCAUUGAAGUCCCUCCGUAUCGGAACCAAAGACUGUCAACUCCAGUCCACGUCAACUUCUACGUCUGCAACGGCAAGAGGAAAAGAAGCCAGUAUCAGCGCUUCACUUACGUCCCUGCAAGCGUUCCAACAAUAAAGACGGAGCCACAUGACGACUACGACGCCCCUCUCGUCUGCUCCCAGCACAACUCCGGCCUGUCUCUGCACCCAAAGCCAUACUUCCCCCCACAAGUCAUGACCCCCAUGAUGACCUCUGACCUCAGGCCAUGUGUAGUGGGCGGGGCCUUCCCUGCGAGCCAGCAGAGACUGGCAGCCAAGCCGGCCUCCCUUCCCUCCUCUUCCCCGAGCAGCAGCCCCAAACUGCACGACCUGUCCCCCCCACCCUUCUCCAAGUGCCUCCCGGCGGUUCAGCAUCCGGGUCAGCAGUCUCCGAUCCCCCACGUGUCCAUCAUUCAGGAGACCCCCGGACGUUUCCAGGCGCCUGGUCUCUACCCGCCCAGCAGCUCCUCCUCCUCCCCGGUGUCACAGCCCUCCACCCCCGGCACAGGCCCGGAGGCGCCCUUCUCUCCCACCCACUGCAUGACCCCCACCCCGCCGGUCAGCAGCAGCACCAGCCCGGUGGCCCAGCAGCACCCCAAGGUUCCAGAAAGAGGGCGCUCCUCCCUGCAGGAAGACGGCAGCCCCCCAGCACUGGCCGUCAGCAUCAAACAGGAACCGCAGGAGCUGGACCAGAUGUAUCUUGAUGACGUCAAUGAGAUCAUCAGGAACGACCUGUCAAGCAUCUCCGUCCACAGCCACGCAUAGUUUCCUGUCAUCACCAGAACUGUCACAGGAAACGCCGCCGCAAAUUUGACUCUGUGCUCUGCAUGCUCGGACUACAGCAUGCUGUGAACAACAACGACUAAAUCCAAGGAGAACAAAUGCAAAUGUAUAGCAGCGAUGACCAGGGUCCAAUGUGUGCCUUGUUUUUCUUAUAAAACGCCUUUAAACAGAAUUUAUCAGUGGAAUAAAUCACAUGACUGACUUUUUAAAACAUGUAAAUUAAGUAGGUAGCAAAACCAAACCUGCCAUAGUAAGCUUAUAGCGGACCAAGCAUUCUUUUAUAUGUGUCGUUUUUUGCUCCAGUUUGUAAAUGAUUCAGUGCCUAUGAGUUAUGUCAUUUGUAUAUACAGUAUGUGUAGUGCUUCGGUUUGCAUAUCUGGCUUUACACAGAGACAAGGUGAGAGAAGUGCCUUUGACUGGAAACAAAUAAGUUCAACCUCAGAAUUAAAAUGUUCGGUAAUGCUUUAUAUUAAGAUCCUUGAAAUAAGCGUUAGCUAAUAGAUGAUGAGGCCUUUAGGAGAAUAUUAACACUGUUAUGUGUUAAAAGUCACAUAUACAAUACUGUGCAAAAGUCUGACGAUUCAUUGAUUUGAAAUUGAAAUCGGAUUAUUUAAUUAGGACAAUGUUUAAAAAAAGGGGAAAUGGUCAAAUCGUAUUUAAUCUCUCGUGUCUCCAGGCACCUCCGGGCUAACGUAGGCUCCUCCUCCUAAAUGUACGAGUGGUUUCUGUCAAGGGACGAUUUGAGUCGCACAUACAUAGAAGCAUUUAUCUCUGUUUAUGGCAACCUCG